AUGGGAGCUUUCGAAAAUGAAAAACCCGCAAAAGAUGCGGCGGCUCUAGAAACACAGUCGUCGCCGGAAGAUUUCGACCAACCAUCUCCCCUCCGUAAAAUCAUCUCCGUCGCCUCAAUCGCCGCCGGUGUCCAGUUCGGCUGGGCCCUACAGCUCUCUCUCCUCACACCUUACGUCCAGCUUCUCGGAAUCCCUCACAAAUGGUCUUCUCUAAUCUGGCUCUGUGGUCCCGUCUCCGGCAUGAUCGUCCAGCCAAUCGUCGGUUUCCACAGUGACAGAUGCACCUCCAGAUUCGGUCGCCGUCGUCCUUUCAUCGCCGCCGGAGCCGCCUUGGUCGCCGUCGCCGUCGUCCUCAUCGGAUACGCCGCGGACAUCGGCCACAAAAUGGGAGACGACAUCUACAAAAAGGAGCCGAGAUACAGAGCCAUCGCCAUCUUCGCCACCGGCUUCUGGAUCCUCGACGUCGCCAACAACACUCUCCAAGGACCAUGCCGCGCUUUCCUAGCCGAUCUAGCCGCAGGAGACGCGAAAAAAACGCGAGUCGCAAACGCGUGUUUCUCCUUCUUCAUGGCGGUUGGAAACGUUUUGGGGUACGCGGCUGGAUCUUACACCAACCUCUACACAUGGUUUCCUUUCACCAAGUCAAUCGCUUGCGACGUGUACUGCGCAAAUCUCAAAACAUGUUUCUUCAUAUCCAUCACUCUCCUCCUCAUCGUCACCGUCACCUCUCUCUGGUACGUGAAAGACAAGCAAUGGUCUCCUCCUCCCGUAAACCCUGACGACGAGAAGGCCUCGAGUGUUCCUUUCUUCGGAGAGAUCUUGGGAGCUUUCAAAGUCAUGGAACGUCCCAUGUGGAUGCUUCUGAUAGUCACAGCCUUGAACUGGAUCGCAUGGUUCCCAUUUCUCUUGUUCGAUACUGAUUGGAUGGGUCGUGAGGUGUACGGUGGAGAUUCAGAAGGAAGUGAUAGGUUGAAGAAACUCUACAGCACUGGAGUGAGCCAAGGAGCGUUUGGUCUCAUGCUUAAUGCGAUUGUUCUUGGCUUCAUGUCGCUUGCCGUUGAAUGGCUUGGGAGGAAACUUGGAGGAGCUAAAAGGCUUUGGGGAGUUGUGAAUUUCAUCCUCGCCGCCGGUUUGGCCAUGACGGUUCUCGUUACAAAAUUGGCUGAGGAUCACCGGAAAGUAGCCGGUAUGGAAGCCGGACCGUCGUCUGGUGUUAGAGCUGGAGCGUUGAGUCUCUUUGCUGUUCUUGGUAUCCCAUUAGCUAUCACUUUCAGUACUCCGUUUGCAUUAGCGUCCAUAUUUUCAAGCAGCUCCGGCGCCGGCCAAGGUCUUUCUUUAGGAGUUUUGAAUUUGGCAAUUGUUAUACCACAAAUGAUUGUAUCACUUGGAGGUGGACCUUUCGACGCCCUCUUCGGCGGUGGAAACUUACCGGCUUUUGUGCUUGGAGCAAUUGCGGCAGCGAUCAGUGGAGUAUUAGCGUUAACCGUUUUACCUUCACCGCCACUGGACGCACCAAGGCCAACAACUAUGGGAGGAUUCCAUUAG